GGAAGGAAUAACGUGUCGUUUGUACGAGAAGCAUCAUGACAGUGUGCUGGAUUUUGAACGAGAGCAUGUCCGUUGUGGUGGUGCUCUCAUGGCUGGCAGUAAACUUCUAUCUAUUUAUUGACACAUUCUGUUGGUAUGCCGAAGAGGAGGCUUUCUUUUACACGCGAGUUAUUCUGGGUUCUACCCUAGCAUGGGCCCGAGCAUCUGCGGUGUGCCUCAAUUUUAACUGCAUGCUAAUUCUGUUACCUGUCAGCCGGAAUUUCAUUGCGCUGGUGAGAGGAACAAGUGUGUGCUGCAGAGGACCAUGGGGAAGGCAACUAGACAAAAACCUCAAGUUCCACAAACUUGUUGCCUACGGGAUAGCUGUUAAUGCAGCGAUCCACAUUCUGGCACACUUGGUCAACAUGGAGCGCUACCACCGGAGCCAGGCCAAGGAUGCUGAAGGACUGCUGGCUGCACUUUCCAAACUUGGCAAUGCUCCAAAUGAGAGCUACCUCAAUCCUGUCCGCACCUUGAAUACGAGCACAACCACUGAGCUCCUAAAGACAGUCUCGGGGAUCACUGGCCUGGUGAUCUCUCUGGCUUUGGUCUUGAUCAUGACCUCUUCAACCGGGUGCAUCAGACAGUCCUCUUAUGAGCUAUUCUGGUAUACACACCAUGUUUUCAUCAUCUUCUUCAUCAGUCUGGCCAUCCAUGGAGGAGGUCGGAUUGUUCGAGGCCAAACUCCAGAGAGUCUCCGGCUGCACAAUGUCACCUUCUGCAGAGACCGCUAUGCUGAAUGGCAGGCAGCUGCCUUGUGCCCUGUGCCUCAGUUUUCUGGCAAAGAACCGUCGGCCUGGAAAUGGGCUUUGGGCCCUGUGGUCUUAUAUGCGUGUGAAAGAAUAAUUAGGUUCUGGAGAUUCCAACAAGAAGUUGUCAUUACCAAGGUGGUGAGUCACCCGUCUGCAGUCCUGGAGCUUCACAUGAAGAAGCGCGAUUUCAAGAUGGCGCCUGGACAGUACAUCUUCAUCCAGUGCCCGUCCAUCUCCCCGCUGGAAUGGCACCCCUUCACUCUGACCUCCGCUCCCCAGGAGGACUUCUUCAGUGUGCACAUCCGCGCAUCUGGAGACUGGACAGAGGCAUUAUUGACAGCCUUUGGGACAGAGGGGCAAGCCCCCAGUGAGCUCUGCAACAUGCCAAGGCUGGCAGUGGACGGGCCCUUCGGAAGCUCCCUGGCAGAUGUGUUUCACUACCCUGUAAGUGUGUGCAUUGCGACAGGAAUUGGAGUUACACCCUUCGCCUCUCUUCUCAAGUCCAUGUGGUAUCAGUGUUGUGAGUCACAGAGCCUGCCUGAGCUGAGCAAGGUGUACUUCUAUUGGAUCUGCAGGGACGCCGGGGCAUUUGAGUGGUUUGCAGAUCUGUUACUUUCAUUGGAAACACGGAUGACUGAGCGAGGGAAAGCUCACUUGCUGAGUUACCAUAUAUUCCUUACUGGCUGGGACGAAAACCAGGCUCUUCACAUAGCUUUACAUGGGGAUGAAAGCCCGGAUGUGGUUACGGGCUUAAGGCAGAAGACCUUUUACGGGAGACCCAACUGGAAUGAGGAGUUCAAGAAGAUUGCCUACAAUCACCCCAGCAGCAGCAUUGGCGUGUUCUUCUGUGGACCCAAAGCCAUGUCGAAGACUCUUCAAAAGAUGUGCCAUUUGUAUUCAUCAGCGGACCCCAGGGGAGUUCAUUUCUAUUACAACAAGGAAAGCUUCUAGAUGCUGGAGGUAAACUGAAUGUGCUGUGCGAGCAGCUGCAAUCAAAGAGGUCAAAAGUCGGGAGAGUUUUCCCCCAAAGAGCCAACAGCAGUCAUUUUAGCUUUAUGAAUAGUAUGGGUUUAGCCUAAUCUACCCAACACUGUGGUUCCAAGAUGCUAAAGUAGCCACAAAUGAGAACACAUCACAACGGGCUAGCUGAGUUCUUUUACCAUAAGAAUUUACUUAAGGCCACUGAAGGUAAAUCUCAUAUAAUAUUUUCUGUCAUGAAAUUUGUAUUUUUGGUAAUUUAAAAAUGUAAAAGUCGGGGUUUGGGCAUAUAGGUGAGUGGUCAAACACUUAACUAAAAUGUGGAAAUCAUGGGUGUUUAAAUGUAAAACAUGGGCCAGAUUGGUCCUGUGAAAUGUAGACCUAAUGUUAAUCGAAGCGUGGUUAUAACUGUGUACAACCGCUGACGUUUUUCUACCUUGUAUGACAGACACAUAAUAACUAAAUUUCGUGUUUGCUUUUCUCUUUUCCCUUGCUUACUUCUUGAUUUCCUUUUCCCUCUCUUUUAACAAACAGUUAUAGCUCAACUCAACUUCCAUCCCAUUAAACAGCUGAGACUGUUUUUUAAUUUUCACCAAUUUAGUCUUUUCAUGCCAUGUUGCUGGUUGCAAAGUAUCACUCACAUCUUAUAGUUUUUCCCCACCAGUGUUAAUGUUUUAUAAUCAUUUCAUCAAAUAUAUCUACUGAUUUGAAAAUUACUGAGCCCCAGACAGCAGCAAGUAGAUGCAUUAGUGGCAUAUUAAGCCUUUUAUUCUGGCUUUAUAUAAAAUUUAUUAACUUCAGAGGACGCCUUUGACAUCCUUUGACAUCCCUAUGCCUGUUAAUAUCAGUGGCCAGCUGAAACUGCUUAACGGCCAGCACUGGGACCUGUACACCACACCUAGGCCCUUAGCUUCUAGGUAAUACAUCAUAAGCAAUAGAACAAAAGCAUCUGCUGCAACUGAGACCAGAUUGUGAUUUUGAAUGUUUCUUAUCACCGUGGGGCAUCAUAAAAGAAGUGAAUUGCCCUGACAUGCUUUGAUUUUACAAAAUCGUUUAGCUACUUAAGCUUCUUCACGUAUUUCUAAAAUACAAAUUGAUUAUUUACUUUAUAUUAUCAAUUGUUUUAAUUUUGAGUAUAAAUUCAGUCAUAUUGGGUAGGGUGUACUUAUACAGUUGGGUAUAUUCAAUAAUAUCUCACACAUAAUUUCUACUUCCUAUGCUUGGGAAUUUCUCAGUAUCUGAAAGUAUCAUAUAGAUAGAUAGAUAGAUAGAUAGAUAGAUAGAUAGAUAGAUAGAUAGAUAGAUAAUAGAUAGAAAAAUUGGUAGAUAAUUAUUUAAGCACUAAUUAACCACAUUCAGGCACACUAUGCAAUUAUUUUCCCAUUUAAGCUUGAUUCAAUCAUUACUGCUAGAAAUUUCUAUAGUCAAAUCUAACCUUUGGCCAGAAUAUUAAGUACAUUAAUUUUUUUCCUCUUAAACACAGUCAGUUAGUACUUUCCUUUCUU